CGCAAAGACCUCACGUUUAUUAUCGAAAAGCAAACAAUUUGUACAUACCACCUCUCGUAUACUCACCCAUUUCUAUCCCGCAAUGUCUGAGCCCCAUACUCCCACACAAGAAUCUGCCGUGCUUGAGAUAGCUACCGCUGAACUCCUGCUUCAGGACCCACAACCAAAGGUCACGCCUAGCUCUCAAGCCGAUAAAAGUGCCGUGGUGUUUACCAGAACUUCUGGCAAUAUCAAACAACGUAAAGGCCAGACUGAUGAGGAAUAUCGGGCCCAGAGAGAUCAGUUCUGGAAGAGUGGACCGAGACUCAAUACCGGUGAUUGGUUCUUGGAAUACCCCAUCCAAAAUUUUAAGAACGAGUCGAAGACGGACAAGACCCAGUUGUUACACACCGCCGAGCUAUGCUACUUCAGAAGGGACUACACGAAGUGCUUGGAGCUUGUUGCGUUUGGGAUGAAGCUCUUUAAUGCGGAGGCAGUGCUAGCCGAGGAGAAGAAAGCUCCAGUGGACCUUCCAGGCCGACACGCGAAGAAGCCAAAGUUGGACAGACACAUUCAGGAGUUGUUGGAAAUUAAAGAAAAAUGUCUAGCUAAAAUGGAAACAUCAUAGGCGUACGAGUUGGUAAUAACAAAAACAAGCUGCCACAAAGGAGUACCUGGUAUACCGAAAGAUAAUAUUAGCUUCUGAGGAAAAACCGCGAAUAAAGCACUACAAUAAUAUAAAACUCGG